AUGAACAAUCGAGGCAAAGCCUCCAACUACCAGGAGGAGGAUGACGGUGGUGAUGUUGGUGAUGUUGGUGUUAGUGGUAUUAGUGGUGGUAGUGGUGGUAGUGGUGGCAAUGGUAGUAAUGGUAACAAUGAUGGUAAUGGUGGUGAUGAUGUCGAAGUACUCGCUAACGCUAUAUAUAGCGAUCAAGAUGACGACAGUGAGGAUGAUGACGAGUGGGAACCAGAAGACGAUGCCGCGUGGCUAAGUGGGCUCGAGGACACCAAACCAGUCCGCAACCAGACCGUCGUCCAUAACGUCAUCACAAAAUGCCGGGAGAUGCUAAAGAUGUUGAAGUUCUCCGGGAAGGCAGCUCGCAUCAUGGAGGAUGUCCGCAGCAACAUCCCUGAUGAAGAGAAAGCUAACCUAAACUACACAAUAGAUACGCCUACCCACUGGAACUCAACAGUGGUAAUGUUAGAGAUGGUGCUUAAGAACGAGGCCAGCUUCGACCAGUUCCAAGCCAAAGUCAAAGCUGACAAACUUCAAGGCCAAAUAUGGAAAACAGUAUGCAACUACGGAUUCGCCACGAAAGAUUAUGAAAACAUGCGAGACAUCGUCAAG